ACGAAUCGCGGAAAAUGUAACAACCUUUAAAAUGUAAAGUUUCCGUUCGAUCGUCGCGACCACAGCGCUAUACAUACUUAAACGGAGUUGAGCGUGCUUAUACCCCCAAAGUCCACCAAGGACUACGAUACACACCAGACGUUCAAAGGUUAGAUACAGUUUUGAUGACAACGUCAAAUACUUUUGCAAGUUAGUCAAUAAUUGCAGUUUACCCCUAUGCAUACCUGGUCUGCUCUACGUCAGCUAUGGAAAUACAAAGGAAGUAACGUUGCUUCUUAAAAAUACGAAUUUUCGUGUUUUGAGAAAGAUGAUGAAAAUGAAGCAACAGGGUUUGGUAGCGGACCUGCUACCAAACAUCAGGGUGAUGCAGGGAGUGGGUCACUUUAUGUUCAACUACUACAGCGAAGGGAAAAAGUUUCCCCACAGAAUUUACUGCAUCGUGACGCUACUGAUGCUGCUGAUGCAGUACGGCAUGAUGGCCGUGAACCUGAUGAUGGAGAGCGACGACGUCGACGACCUGACGGCCAACACGAUCACGAUGCUCUUCUUCCUCCAUCCGAUCGUGAAGAUGAUCUACUUCCCGGUGCGCAGUAAGAUCUUCUACAAGACCUUGGCCAUCUGGAACAACCCCAACAGUCAUCCUCUGUUCGCCGAGAGCAACGCUCGCUUCCACGCUCUCGCCAUCACCAAGAUGAGGCGGCUGCUCUUCUGCGUAGCCGGAGCGACGAUAUUCUCGGUCAUCUCCUGGACGGGCAUCACCUUCGUCGACGAGUCGGUCAAGAGGAUCGUCGAUCCCGAGACCAACGAGACGACCAUUAUUCCAAUUCCAAGACUGAUGAUACGCACGUUCUACCCGUUUAACGCGAUGAGCGGCGCGGGGCACGUCUUCGCCCUCAUCUACCAGUUCUACUACCUGAUCAUCUCCAUGGCCAUCUCGAAUUCCCUCGACGUGCUGUUCUGCUCGUGGUUGCUCUUCGCCUGCGAGCAGCUCCAGCAUCUCAAAGCGAUCAUGAAGCCGCUCAUGGAGCUCAGCGCGACCCUUGACACCGUCGUUCCCAACAGCGGCGAACUCUUCAAGGCUGGCAGCGCGGACCACUUGAGGGACUCUCAGGGAGUACAGCCCAGCGGCAACGGCGACAACGUCCUCGACGUCGAUCUCCGAGGCAUCUACAGCAACAGACAGGACUUUACGGCCACGUUUAGACCGACCGCCGGGACGACCUUUAACGGAGGCGUCGGACCCAAUGGCCUGACCAAGAAGCAGGAGAUGCUCGUGAGAAGCGCCAUCAAGUACUGGGUCGAGAGGCACAAGCACGUCGUCAGAUUGGUAACGUCGGUCGGUGACGCGUACGGCGUUGCGCUGCUGCUGCACAUGUUGACGACCACCAUUACUCUGACGCUGCUCGCUUACCAAGCCACGAAGGUGAACGGAGUGAACGUCUACGCGGCCACGGUCAUCGGCUACUUGCUCUACACUCUCGGCCAGGUGUUCCUCUUCUGUAUCUUCGGAAACCGACUGAUUGAAGAGAGCUCGUCGGUGAUGGAAGCCGCCUACUCCUGCCACUGGUACGACGGAUCCGAGGAGGCCAAGACCUUCGUGCAAAUUGUGUGUCAACAGUGUCAGAAAGCCAUGUCUAUAUCCGGCGCGAAGUUCUUCACGGUGUCGCUGGAUCUCUUCGCCUCGGUCCUCGGAGCCGUGGUGACAUACUUCAUGGUGUUGGUGCAGCUGAAGUAAAUCCUGGCUGGCUGGCGCAUCUGCAACAUCAGUUUUACAAUUCGCGAUGGGCCGCCUACUACUUGCUGUACAUCCGCAAGCCCGAGCGAACUUUCCAACACACAGCGGCGGUAGCAAUCUUUCGGCAGUACAGCUGAGAUAGAGGGAGUUCGUCGAGGCGAAAGUAAAGCUCGAACUUCGUUAUUUAGAGAUUGCGCGGCUGGCAGAGCCGAACCCACUCUGCUCUGCGUAUACUCGCGUGGAUUCUCUCUCUCUCUCUCUCUCUCUCUCUCUCUCUCUCUCGCUCUCUCUCUCUCUCUCUCUCUCUCUCUCUCUCUCUCUCUCUCUCUGUCUCGGCGAGUUUCGCGAGAUCAUUCCGACGAGCGCUUUUGGCAGCCGAGCGAAUUUCGCGUUGUCCUUGUGCUGCUGCACUCGGCCGAACGAUUCUACAUAUAUCUCUUGAUAUCUCGAAAACACUCGAAUCCCAGCUCCUAUAUGCGUAUAUAGGUUUUAUCGAAGGAAAGGAACAUUGGCGAACGAGAAACAGCUGCGAGAAGAAGCUUUCCAAGAGGAAGCGUACGGCGCGCGCUUAUUAUUCAUUUAAAGGCACAAUACAAAACUAUCAAAGUUCCUUGCUUCAUCAAUUUUUCUAUAAUCCAACAAUUUUCAAACUUUCCAAGGUCUCGCAACAGUCGUUAUUAUUCGUUUAUCGGUAUGAAUUCGUUGCAAGUGUCCUGAAAUUUUCACAGGAUUAUUCUUAUUGUUUCGUUUUUAUUUUGUUUCUGUUCUUUUUCUCGCGGGUUUUACUUUGUUUGUAUACUUGAAACAGUAGACGCAAUCAUAUACUGCAGGGGAAGUAAUACGCUAUAAACAUAAAUAGAUAUACCUGACAUAUAGAUAUCUAUAUAUGCAUCGAUUAAGUGACUUUUUAAUUGUAUAUUGAAAAGAGAUAAUGCAUAUUAUUUGUACAUGAUUUAUCAAUGUUAACUGUUGACAAUACAUAUUAUAACGUACAUUUCAGAGUAGAGUUAAAUAUAAUGUAGAUUAUAUGAUUAUUAACCAGUUCAAAAUUCAAAAGUUUGCAAAAUAAGUUGAACGAAAUAGUCGGAUAAGUCUUUUUCUAUGUCUUUUUAAUUAUUAUCAAUCAACCGAUCGUCGACUGGCCAAAAAAAAAAUAGUUUUCAAUCUUUUUUGUAUUGAUACCGCGCAUCAAAUAUUUUAUUAAAAAUCUAUUGCAGCUUUUCAGUUAAUUUUAUUUAUGCUACAUAAUUAUGUACAAUAUGAUGAUGAAGAAUGGUCUUUUUGAAAUAUACUUAUUAUAUACGAUGCAAAACACUGUAAAUACAACGUUCAAUAUUUUUGGUGGCCUGUUUUUCUUCUGAGGCAUUUUUCAUUGCAAGUAAUUUAAAGUACCAAAGUUUUGCACGUUUAUCCACUCAUAUGUGCGGAAGUGCAGCUGUCGGAGCUAGUCAAUCAAAAAAAAAAAAGGAGAACAUGCUAUUCAUCUCGUAAAUUGAGCUUGUACAUGAAAAAUUGCGCAACUUGUAUAUGUAUAAUACAAUGCGAUUCGAAAUGCUAUAAUUGUAAAAAUAUAAAAUCUUCGUAUAUAUUAACAAAGAUAACAUCGAUUAAUGUAGCUAUUUACGUUAAUAAUACAAAAUAUCUGUGAUCACCACCUAGAACCACCUGUUUGUUUACUGCUAUAUUUAUAAUAACUCACAAUUUUUCUUCUCGUAUAUAGAGCAUAACGAAGCAAAAGUGCCGUCAAGAACCGAAAGAACUUGCGUAUGGCUUGAGGAAUGUUUUUGUAAAGCAAGUAAUGAAAAUAAAAAAACGUGUUUUAUAGUAUCGAAUGGUGUUUCAAGAUUUUCACAACUAAUCUUUUUUCAUUUCGAACAAUAUAAAUAAAGAUUCAAUAUAGUAAAUACGAAUUUAUUUUUACACAUGUGGGUCCCCUCGAAGUAUAAUUUGGGGCUGUAUCAAUUAAACUCAAUAUCAUACGCAAUAAUAUCUUUAAAAUAAUUAGUGUAACGGUUUAAUUUACGAUCUGUAUUUUCAGUACUACGAAGAUGAUUUUCUCUGUAAAAUUAUGUAAACUGUAUUAUAUUUCUUUAAUAAAAUACCACAAAAUACA